AUGGUCAAUAUGGAUGAGCUUAUGGGAUCUCUCCUAACUCAUGAAGUUGAGUUAAAUGAAGAUAACAAGUGGGCAGAGAUGAAGGAGCCAAAGAGAAAGACUAUUGCACUAAAAGCUGCAAACUCCUCUGAUGAUGAAAUGGAUGAAGAUGAAAAUCUGAGUAUAUCAGAACAGGAGAUGUCUCUAAUCCCUAAGAACUUCCAAAAAUUCUUCAAAAGGAAAGGAAGAAAGUUCUUCAACAAAUUACAAACAUCAAGAGAGAACAAAGGUAAAUACAUCUCUAAGGAUAAACGUUCUUUGUCUAACAGAAAAGAUAUAGUUUAUUAUGAAUGCAGAAAGCCUGGUCACUUCAAAACUGAGUGUCCAAAGGGUCAAGACAAGAAGAAAGCCUAUGUCACUGAAAUAUCAUGGGAUUCGGAUGAAGAACAAGAAGAAGAUCAAUCCGAAGAAGAAACCACAAACCUAGCACUAAUGGCUCAUGAAAAAGAAAAUGAAUUAGAGGUAAAUUCUGACUUUUUUAGUUCAAAUAGCAAUUCAAUUGAUUAUAUUGAUACAAAUGAUAUAAAUGAAGAUGAUAUAGAAAGAGGCUUUGAAGCUCUCUAUGAGGCAAGCCAAAAGCUUGAGGCUUCCAACUCUACAUUAGAAAAAUAA